GUGGGGCGAAGCGCCCCAACCCCCGGAAGUUGCUGCUGCUCUAGCCGCGCUGGGGCGGCGUUUGCCAGCCGUUACAGGCUUCACGUGGCUCUGCCGCCUGUUCUGUGAGCUGUCACCUGUACCGAGCUCGGGAGUCACAGGAACGUCGUCGCCAGCGGACCCAAGAAAUCUAGAAAUGGUUUGGCUGAGUCUGUUCUGUCCAGUCCUGUGUCCACAGCCUCUCAGCUGCACUUGGCCUUCCCCUCUGAAGAGACAUGAUGCCCCUUUACUGGGUUGUCCUCAUGGAUCUUCCACAGCUGUGCUCUCCCACAGCCACUGCAGGUGGGGUCUGAACUGCAUCCUGGUUUCUCCAAGAACACAGGACUCAGUGGACAUUGAGGACGUGGCUGUGAACUUCACCCUGGAGGAGUGGGCUUUACUGGAUCCUUCACAGAAACAACUCUACAGAGAGGUAAUGCGGGAAACCUUAAGGAACCUGGCCUCUAUAGGAAAAAUAUGGGAAGAUCAUAAUAUUGAAGUUCAGUACAAAAACCAGGAGAGAAAACAGAGUGGUCAUAUGGUAGGGAGACUCUGUGAAAGUGAAGAGGGUAGUCAGUGUGGAGAAAAUUUUAGCCUUAUUCCAAAUCUCAAUCUGAACGAGAAACCUACAGGAGCUAAACCAUGGGGAUGCAGUGCAUGUGGAAAAGUCUUCAUGCAUCAUUCAUCCUUUAAAAUGCACAUUAGAUGUCACACUGAACACAAACCAUGUGACUAUCAAAAAUAUAGAGAGAAGCCAUUUAAAUGUAAGGAAUGUGGGAAAGCCUUCCCUUUUCCAAGUGCUCUUCAAAGACAUGAAAGGACACAUAUUGGAGAGAAACCCUAUAAAUGUAAAAAAUGCAAUAAAGCCUUCACUUCUUCCAGUUCUCUUCAAGUACAUGAAAGAAAUCACACUGGAAAGAAACCUUAUGAAUGUAAAAAAUGCGGUAAAGCAUUUCAUUUUCCCAGUUCUCUUCGAAGUCAUGAAACUAUUCAUACUGGAGAGAAACCCUAUGAAUGUAAAAAAUGCAGUAAAGAAUUCAUUUUUUUGAGUUCUCUUCGAAGACAUGAAAGAAUUCAUACUGGAGAGAGACCCUAUGAAUGUAAAAAAUGCAGUAAAGCAUUCUGUUAUCCCAGUUCUCUUCAGAUACAUGAAAGAAUUCAUACUGGGGAGAAACCCUAUGAAUGUAAAAAAUGCAGUAAAGCAUUCACAUUUCCCAGUGCGUUUCAAAGACAUGAAAGCACUCACAUUAGAGAGAAACCCCAUGAAUGUAAAAACUGCAGUAAAACAUUCAGUUCUUCCCGUGCUCUUCAAAUACAUGACAGAACUCAUUCUGGAGAGAAAAUUUAUGAAUGUAAAAAAUGCAGUAAGGCCUUCACAUCUCCUAGUGCUCUUCGAUUACAUGAAAGAAUUCAUACUGGGGAGAAACCGUAUGAAUGUAAAAAAUGCAGUAAAGCAUUCACUUUUUCUGCUUCCCUUCGAAAACAUGAAAGAACUCAUACUAGAGAGAAACCCUAUGAAUACAGUAAAAACUGCAGUAAAGCAUUCACUUCUUGCAGUUAUCUGAUUGUAUGAAAGAAUUCACACUGGAGAGAAACCCCGUGAAUGUAAAAACUGCAGUAAGGUAUUCACGUCUCUCAUUUCACUUCAAAGAUGUGGAAGAAGUCACACUGGAGAGAAAGCCUAUGAAUGUCAAGAAAGUGGUAAAGCCUUUAUUUCUCAUGCAAACUUUUGAAGAUAUGCACGAAUGCAUAGUAGAUGAAAAAGAAUGUAAAUGUAAUGAAUGUAGGAGAGACUUUUGUCAUCCCAGUUCUUCCUGAAGGCAUGAAAGGACUCACUUGAUAAAAACCCUUGAAUGUAAACAGCGUGGGAAAGACUUCAGUUGGCCUACAUCCUUCUCUUUGAAACUCCCACCAAAAAGAAAUAUAAAUAAAUGAGUAUUGCGGUGAGAGAGUUCUGCAAGUGAUCCUUCAUCAAUACUAUGUAAGAUUAAUCAGUAGUGCUUUUUCCUUAAAUCAGUUAAUGAUAUUUUCUCUGUAAUUUUUUAUAAUGUCUUAGUUGUUCUCUGUUAAGAGACCAUUGAAAAAUGACAGCUUGUACUUGUUGGCAUUUUCUUAUUGGCCUUGUGUUCUAGUUCCUGGAUAUGCCUAAUCGAUUGUACAUUUUGUACCUUUCUUAGAGAAAGCUCCUUUGAUGGGGUGGUGGGUAUAGGAGCCUGUUUUUAUUUUCCACACUAUUGAACGGUUGUAAUAAAAUUUUUUUAUGGUAAGUUUGUCAAAAAGUAUACUUUCCUGUGAAUUUAUUUUCCUCUUUGGGCUUUUGCUCUUUGUCCUUCCUUCUGACUGGUAUUUGGUGAAUAGACUUUGCAUUAAGUAGAGGCCUGUGAUAGGGCAACAAAAUCUAGAGCUGGACACAUCACCAUGUAUUGUGUUAUGUCAAUACAGGUAAUAUUCAGAAACAGAUCUUUAAGAAUCCAUCCCCUUUAUGGUUCCAUGUUAGAAUUCACCAACAGUGUCACUUGCAUGAGAUUUGGAAGGCAGAAGCAGACGAGGCCUUAAUCAGAUUCUGGAGCCACCAUACAAGAAGAGGGACAGUUGCAUAGGAGCUUCAAGGACACCAUCCUCAAUCCCAUUUUGUCGAUUCUUUGCUCUUCUAGGCAAGAGUAUCUUGAAAACCAACACCAACUGUUUGGAUUUCUAUUUUCUUAGAGGUAUAUUUUCCACUAUUUCACAAGGUCACAUCAAAGAUCCAUUAGAGUUGGGGUCUUUCUGUAAGGCUUCUUGUGUCCACCGGGAAACUAAUUCAGACCUUUGUGGUGGGAGUAUUCUCUGAUUUCUCUCUUUCCUAGAUGAUAUCUGUAUGAAGUCUAAUUUGUAUAGGAAACACCUUAUGCUGUUAAUAGUGCUGGUGAUUGUGUUUUCCUGUUUCACCAUGACAUCAUUGCUACAAUGGGGCAUAAAAAGAAGGAUGUAGGAGUUUGUUUCUCUGCUGCACUGUGCAGUGGCUGCCUUGACCCGGUUCUUCUACAUGAGAACAAUCACAUUUCUCAUGUCAGGAGGACUCUGUGUGUUUCCUGUUACUUUUAGCUGAAUAUGUUCCCUCAAUAUGUUUUCAAUAAUGUUUGAUUCUAUGUCAUUAAAACUGUGUGUGUUUCCUUGUGAAAUGAACACCUCUGUAGUUGUUUCAUUGAUAUAUUUUGUCAAAUGUUUUCUAAUCCAUCCUAUGUUAAUAAAUACUAUUGUGGUUUUAUUUCUUCAGAAUGUAUUAAAAUUCAUUUUAAUUAUGGGUUUUCA